AUGGUCGCGAGAUUUUCUAUCAACGAACUCAGGGAAAAGGACCAGGUACUGGUAUCGUUUGGAUAUAUCCAUUUAAGUUGGGAAGACGAUUUUCUCUCAUGGAACGAGUCAGCCUAUGGAGGUAUACAUAAUAUGGUUGUACCACAGAAAAAGGUCUGUAACGUUGUUCUGGAAACAAUGGUGUCUGACAUCACAGAAAUAGAUUUAGUGUUAAGUACUAGCUCAACUGGUGAAGUGUGGCUUGAUGAAUACGGUGCUAAUGGACAAUGGAAUCUUAUAAGCGCUAGUAUAGAGAAGAAAGAUACGAUCAUGAAGGCCGGUGUUUACAUAAAGCUUACCAUACAACGUCGUCGAAUCUUUUACGUUUUAAACAUCAUACUACCCGUUCUAUUCUUGUCUUUUAUGGGAGCUUUGGUUUUUAUGUUGCCUGCUGACGCUGGCGAGAAAAUAUCUCUAGCUAUAACCAUUUUGUUGGCUUACAUCGUUUUCUUGACCAUUGUAAGUGAAAGCAUGCCACAGACGUCGUUACAGGUUUCCAUAUUGGCGGUUUAUUUAACAGUCCUUGUUGCUAUGAGUGCAUUAUCCGUGGUAUUGUCUAUCCUUGUUCUGAGAAUUUAUUAUAAAGAUCCUAAUAUUCCUGUCCCUGGAUAC